AUGACCCCGGCUGGUGACCCCCAAGCCUUGAACGACUUCCUUCAUGGGACCGCUGAGCUGCAGACCGAAGACCUGCUCAUUAGCGCCUCCUCUGGGGAGACGUCUCUCUUCGCAGACCCCCCGAGUCCAGUCUCGCUGCUGGGGGACAGCGGAAGCUCCCCCAAUACGCCGCCCCACGGCUGCGUGGAUCUCUCCUUCCUGGAGGAGGCGCUCCUCUCGUCACCGGAGGGCGCGGAUGACACCGGGCGGGGGGAACCGCCGCGGGAGCCGUCCCCGGUCGGGCUCGGAUCCCGGUCGGAGGAGGAGGAGGAGGUGGCGGCGAAGGAGGAAGAGGAAGUGGCCUGUUGCGACAUCCUGCAGCAGAGCCUGAAGGAGGCCGACAUCACGGAGCAGACCGUCGCCCAAACGGGGGACUCCCUUUACCCGCCCGUCCUGACGCCGCCCGCGCUGUCGUUUGCCCUCAAGUCCGUCGUCCCGGGCUUGCCCAGAGACACUCAGGCGGCCGUCGAGCCCCCGCAGCCCUCCUUGCUGGCCGUGGGGCCGGGGUGUCCCUCCCUAAAGCCGACGGGCCCUCCUCAGCUGAUGGGGCUCCUGCCCGGGAAGGUUUUCCCCGCCCCUUCGCCGGAGACUUCCUUGGUUCAGGGCUCCGGUAUGAUCCUCCAUAAAGCCGCCGGCGCCCGACCCCUCGUCGCCCCGGCCGCGGGGAUCGUCCUGCAGCGUGCCCCCCUCCCUAUCCAACCCAAGCUGCCCGUCAGCAUCCAGCCAAGACUGGUCCAGAUCAGCCCGAAGCCGUUGGGGCAAAAACCCGCUCCGGGUCUCACGCUCGUUCCCGGGACCACCUCCCCAAAUAUUCUCCUUUCCCAGCAGCCUUCCGCCCCGGCCCCGGCGGUCCCCGAGCCGCUCCCCAAACCAGUCCGCCUGCAGCUGCUCAACCAGGGCGGCUCCUUCAUGCUUCAGCCUCAGGGACUCUUUCAAGGCCAAAACCAGUUUCUUCUGCCAGGUCAGUCCCAGGUUACCAUCACCCAACCUGCCGCCGGACCUCUGCUGACCGCCACUCCCCAAGGACCGCAGGGGACUCCCUUCGGCGGGCACAUCGUGGACGGCUCCCAGUUCCUCACCGUCCCCCAGAGACCGCUCAACUUCAGCCCCGUUUUCGCGACGGGGCAGCUGGCCCUCGGCCAGGCCGCCAUCUUUUCCCCAACUGUCUUCCAGAUGCCGGCGCAGCUCGCCACGGGCUACGCGAACGGCGGGCAGGGGCAGCGGGCCACUCUGGUGCACGGGGCGGCUCUGGGAAACCGCAUCACCUUGAUCAACGGUUCUGGGGUGCUGCCCUCGGACUUGGCUUCCAUAUCCAUCGUCAACACCCCCGCGGUGGUGCAGGGCCUGCCGGUGGCGGCGGCGACCGACCCCCAGCGGGGCCUUCAGCCCGCCUCGGUGGUGAUUCUCCCCGAGGGGAGCGGCGGCUCGGAGGAAAGAUUUCAUCAACAGGUGACGAAUUUAAAUUUUCCACCUCCACAGCGUUCGGGUCCGGUGAGCCAACAGCAGGUGACUGCGCGGCCCCCCGCCCCCUCGCCGCCCCUGGCGGGCGUCCUGCCGCCCCCACCUGAAAUGGUGGCGGCCCCCGACGUGACCCACGUGGUGAAGGAUGUGGUCCAGUCCCUGAGCCAGGACCAGGACUUCGUCAAACAACUGCAGCAGGUCAGAACGUCAACACAUUUUCAAAUUUACUUUGAAAUAUUGAAUUACGAGACAUCAUUUACGAAUUACAAGAAUGAUCUGAAAAAGAAAAUAAAAUUUACAUUUUUUCAUAGCAUUAAUUUGUCUGCACCCCAGCAAGCGCUCGACUCUCCCGUUACGUCCAACCUAUCGGUUGGGGUCGCCCCGGCGGUCUCGGUCGACUCUCUUACCUCGACGGCGGACAACGAGCAAGAGAACCAACCAGCGACCGUCACGUCAGACUCGUGUCCGGACCCCUCGCCGCUCCCCUCGGACUCCGAGGACGUGACCCCGCCGGGCUCGUCUCCUUCGCUUCGGGACUCGGCCGCGUUCCCCGAUCCGAACCCCCUUUCCGGACUAGAGGGCUCGUCCCCGGGGCCGCAAGUCCAGUACCGGGUCCCCCGCCGGUUCCAGGGCUCACAGGCUUUGUUCGCGCACAGCAGGGGCACACCCGCCUCGCCGUCCCAGGCGCCGUCCUCCGAGCCCACUUUGACCCCCAGCAUCCCAGUGCCUCAACGUCAGUCGGACCCCUCACCUGUACUGGGGGUGGACCCCCCCGUCCAACAGCACACACAAAUCAGUAAGUUUCUCUUCAAAACACACCCAUCCAUUUUCUACAGCGCUUAUUCUCAAUUGGUGGGGGUGGGCUCAAGUCAAUCUCCAGACUUAAACCCCAGAGAGAAUAGCGACGUACCGACACCCGACGUGCGGUCGCCCUCCCCGAACGCCCACGAGCGGCACCGCUGCGGGAUCGGAGCCCCCCGGGAGUUGGGCCCCGAGCCAAGAAACCAGCAGCUGGCAGGUGCGGAGCUGCAGCCGGAGGAAGUUCCAACACCAGCAACGAGACGUCACAGAUUCCAGCAGCUCCUCUGCUCGGACCACCUCGCGGUCCAGCACCCGCGGACCGGCCCGGCCUUCCGCACCCCGUCGGACGCCGCCCGCCGCCUGCUGCCGUACCACGUCUGCGCCGGCCACGCCCCCUCCCAGGAGGACCUCGCUUUAGUGGACCAGGAGUUUGACACCGUGUCGAGGUUCCUGCUCAAGCGCACCAAGGACAUGGUGAACAAAUACAGGCAGCUAUUGGUCAGGGAAACAUGGCAGGAGAGUCCAUCGGCGGAGAUGGUGAUGCUGGAGCGUCUCUUCCUGCAGGCGGAGCGUUUUUCCCUGGGAGAGGACAGGCAGCGGGCGCACAAAGACCCGGAGUCUUUCCUGAUGUCUUUGACCUCAUCAGCAUCUUCCUCACGUCGCGCGGGGGUCUUACAGCCUCAAGCGUCAGCCCAGGCCUGCUCCCCAGCCUGGAAAAGACUGUCAGACCGCCCGCCUGGACUCAAGACGUACCGUUCCAGCUCACGCGGGGCUCUGAGGCUUACAAUCAAGCAGGAGUGCGGCCACCGCAAGGUGGUACGGAGUUCUGUCGCCGACCCCGGUCCCAAGCGGGACCGAGCGGGUCGGCUGCCCAACGGCGGCGCAGGGCCCGACGGGGCGUCGCGGCAUCCUCGAUGCGACGACAAGAUCCCCAAUGGGGUGGGAUCCAAAAAGAAAAACAGUCUUCCGGCGCCUCCCCCGCAGGACACCCCCAGGGUGAAAUGCCUCAGGUUGGACGUGCCCCCGUCACUCAACCCGCCGCCGGGCUCCCUGCAGGAAGACGUCGUGCUCAGCGAACACCUUCAGAGCGCCAUCGACAGCAUCCUGGAGCUGCAGCGCCUGCAGGGACCGUCGGCGGGCGCCCUGGCGAGGGGCCCGGACCAGCCCGUCACCAGCGCCUUAGGGGGUCACCUGUGAGGCUCCACCAGGACCUCGGAACUCCCAGCUGAGCCAACCAAAAGCUCGACUUUUGUCUGUCGAUAGGAAGAUUUUCAUCCGCGUGUCGGCUUUUCCUUUUCAACUGGCAGCCGAAAAAGUGACACUUUUUGCCAUUUGUUUUUCCCCCCAGUUGAACGCAAAAAAAUGUUUUUCAUUCUUCAUUUUCUUGGGGGGCCAAAAAGAAAACAUUUUUUUGAAGGGGUAGUGGUGCCAAUUGAAGACCGAAAGUACUCGAUAAGCCGAUUUAUGAUGAUUGUGCGUUUAGAGUAUGAUGAAAUAUGACAACGAAGCAGCACUAUUGAUAGUCCCUUAGGUGUUAGAUCCUGCAUUAUGGUGUACAUUUGUGCAGAAAAAAAAAAAAAAAAAAUUGGAAUAGGCGCUCUAUGGUUUCUGUAGUUUUUUUAAUUUUCCUUUCCCAGCAGUGCCAAGCUUCCAGGGUAUUUUAAUUUAUUUUGAUAAAUCAUGCCAUAAAAAAAAAAAAAAAAAUUCGAGUCACCCUAACUCCAAAGAACUCGUAGCCCUCGGCCCCGCAAAACACACCAGCACCGCUCGGGUCCUCUCGGGGGACCCGGACCACUGAACUAGACGUGUCGUAGCUCAAGUUGCGCAAAACUAAAAGUUCCCGGAGAGCGACGACAACCAUGUUGGAUGUUUUUUGAAAAAGCAAUAAUGUCUCGGGACUGGAGGGGAAGGCGGAGGAACAGGAAGGAUCUUGCUUGUUGUGGGAUGAGGUCACUUUCACGGCUUUCGUUUUGUUGCUAUGACGAAAUGUCGGCGUGGACUCAUUGACUUGGGAAUCAUUUAGACUCGGACCAAAGGACUUGGCACAUGGGGGAAGAGUCCAAUUGAUGUGGAAUCAACACAGCUGUUGGGACCAUAAACACUUCAGGACGCCCCUGAAACUGAUUCCCUUUAGACUUGCUAGCACGACUGUGAAUCAUUUGGGACUUUCGACUCUCUGGACCCAAACAACUCAAGAACCAAGAUUUAAAAUGACAGUCUGGCCCCCAAGAUUCGUAACCUGCAGAGAACUUUGAGAUCAAAUGACGUUUGAUAUGUGCGAGACCGGGACAAAACCUUUCACUCACAUAUUUUUGACUUGCCUAAGAUCAAGACUAAAUCACAAGGCAGUUCUUAAUACAGUAUUUGCUUGAGACUGACUUAUGUGGAACUUGCAUGAAAUGUGCAAGUAACUGAAGAACUGAAUCAAGACUUGACUCAAAAUAGACUGACUAAACCUUCUGGGACUGUGGGAAUCCCUUGAAAUGGACAUGCGGGACUUAAUACUAAUGAUUUUGGACUUGCUCUCAACUUUGAGAAUAACUUGGACCCUUGGUUAAAAUUUGGAGCCCGAGAUUGAAACCAAGUGACACUAGACUCAAAACUGUGACCCAAAAAAAAAAUGCAUUGUACUUUGACUCCCCCGAGACUGGAUCCCACUGGCGUUGGACUUGAGAGAAAAUCUGGGAAUCAUUUGGAACUUUGGUUAAGACUCGGGGCCAAAGACUUGAACCAAGUGACUCAAGACCUCGAACUUGAAAAACACUUGGACUAUAAGAUUUAGGACUCACAUAGAACUUUAAAUGAGAUCAGAUGAUUUGGGAUCUUUGCAGGACUCAAACACAACCUAUAAAGUAAACCAUUUAUGACUUGCUUAAGGCUACGACUAAAUCACUCAAGAGUUCUGAAUCUUAGACUCUGAGCAAACGAUGUGGAA